AUGCCAUAUAGUGACGACGAGGAACACUCACCGAGUGAAUUUUAUUAUCCUGAUGAAAUCUCGGAUGAAACAAAUGACCCAAAUGGUAGGCUUGAAGGCAAAAACGCGGAACAAAACAACAACAACAGCCAAGAAAAAAUUUUAAAAUUUAUACACAACCGGAAAGCGAAAAGCACAAUAACGAAAACGAAAAGUGACAUGAAGGUUUUCCACCGUUACCUGGAGACAGUAAACAAAGGUGAAAAACAAAUUGAGUACUUACCGAAAGCAGAACUUCACCACUUACUCUGCAAAUUUUUUAUCAAUGUCUGUAAAGCAAAUGCCAAAAUAGCGACGAAUACGAACCGACUUAACUGUCAAGUUUCCAGAGAAGUUUACAACGCUUGGACUUCAGACUUCUAA